AGUCUACGUCACUGCCACCAUGUUGGAUCAGGAAGUGGGUAGAGCCGAAGCAGGAAUCCCAAGCUGAGCUUAACGUCAACGGCAGUGUUUAUACAAUCGGUCGACCGUUUCACCGUUCUCACCUUUAACAUUCAGGUUACAUGCUGCGUGACUUUCUGGCUGGUCGAGGUAGGCGCUUUUCUUCGGAUUUGAUCGUUUUGCAGCACCAGCUAUGGCCUCGACUGUCACGCAGAGAACCUCGGGCCUCGUCCAGCGGAGGACCGAGGCCAUUCGCAGCGCCGCCGUCGACAGGGAGUCCGGCGGAGAGGAGGACGAGGCGCGCCGCGAGGAAGAGGAGGACGACGACAAGGGGGACUCGAAGGAAACCAGGCUCACACUGAUGGAGGAGGUGUUGCUAUUGGGCCUCAAGGAUCGAGAGGGCUACACGUCCUUCUGGAACGACUGCAUUUCCUCCGGCCUUCGCGGGUGUAUGCUGGUCGAGCUGGCCCUCAGAGGGAGGUUACAGCUGGAGGCCUGCGGUGUGAGGAGGAAAAGCCUGCUCUCCAGGAAGGUGAUCUGCAAGUCAGAUGCCCCAACAGGAGAUGUGUUACUGGACGAGGCCUUGAAGCACAUUAAAGAAACCCAGCCUCCAGAGACUGUCCAGAGCUGGAUAGAGCUGCUGAGUGGAGAAACCUGGAAUCCCCUGAAGCUGCACUACCAGCUGAGAAAUGUUAGAGAACGUCUGGCAAAAAACCUGGUAGAGAAAGGUGUCCUCACCACAGAGAAACAGAACUUCUUGCUUUUUGACAUGACCACACAUCCGCUCACAAACAACACCAUAAAACAGCGCCUCGUUAAGAAGGUCCAGGAGUCCGUUUUGGAGAAGUGGGUCAACGAUCCCCACCGCAUGGACAAGCGAGUACUGGCUCUGAUCCUUCUGGCCCACUCAUCCGACGUUCUUGAGAAUGCCUUCGCCCCACUUCAAGACGACCAGUACGACCUAGCCAUGAAGAGAGUCCACACUCUGCUGGAGCUGGAGCCGGAGAAAGAGAGCACAAAGCCCAACGUCAACGAACUUAUGUGGGCUGUUGUGUCUGCAUUUACUAAAUGAAAACACCUGUACGAUGGACUGGAAGAUCUGGCUACGGUCUUUGUUAUUUAAUUGGUUGAAGGACUUCACUUAUUGAGACAGACUUCACUUUAAUGAGACAAUCUUUUUUGGUUGGGGAGCCUUUUUGUACAUCUGUUCCGGAUGACAUUUUUGGUGGCAGUCCAUAUUAACCCAUUGCAGUCUAAUUGGUGGUGGGCUUCACCAAAUAACAUUUGGUUGGUUGGAACAGUCUCUUAAUGAAAAAAGACUGGCUGCUUUCACACAGUAAGGUAUAUUAUCUGCUGCUGCGAGGCUGGAUAUACUUGUCAACACUACGAACAGAUGGGUUUCUGUUAAUGUUAGAUGACAUCAGAAAAGAACAGAGCAGGUAGCAGCAGUAGUCAUGGUGAAUAUGAAGAUUUUGACCGGGGCCAAGUUUACCUUCUUCACUAUGAAAACAUCAUCUCUACAUUACCACAAGAUCGGGCCAGAAUCAAAUCCUGGUCUUGUCUCCAUACUCUCCCACAUGCUUAUGCAAGGAUAAAGGAUAGCAAGUCACACUGCUACUGAUGCUCUUUGCACUCAUGCAGGUUUACUGCUUCCCCCUAUUCAUUCCCACUUGUGGCGGGAGUACAUGCUUUAGGGUUACUGUUAGAAUAGACUACCUGAACGUUUUACUGAGUCACUUUGUCUUCUCAUUAAAUUUCAUAAAAUGUCCUGCUUUCUUCGUCAUUGCAUUUUGAGGAACAAUAAAGGACACAAACACUUGUAUGCCUGCAUAAUUACGAGUGAGCCGCGUAAUUUGGCCCUCAUAGCUUCUGACCUAUAUGAAGAAUAAAACUUUGAGUCAAAUUAAACUGUCUUUUAGUUGCAAUGGCUCCAUUCUGUUUUCUUAGAAUGAGGCUAGUCUUCCAUUUCUAUUUAUGUUGCUAAUCGAUGCUUGGAGAAAAAAGAAAAGAUCUCACUUAUUUUGUCUAUGACUAUUGAUCUUUACGAAUACUUUAAAAUCAUUCCUCUGGACAUGUAAAAUCUGCUCAUAUUUUUAAGUGUGAAU